CGCGCUGCUGCUGCUCGCGCUGGGCUCGCGCUGUUGCUGCACAAUAAUCCAACAUGGAGUAAUCAGAGAUGGGGCUCGUUGGGGCCACCCUCAGCAACAUCAACGCACAUUUCAUCUAAGGGAUUUUCGGAAAUACACUCAAGCACUCAAACUGUGGAAAAUUAUUCGCGGGAUCUGAUUUAGCUUUCUUUAGUCCAAGAUCCUCCAAGGUUUUCAUCAGCAACUGGUUAGAUCCAGUGAGAAAAAAAAAAAAAAAGAAAGAAACGAAAAAACCCAUCAAGACGGAGACGAGGAGAGAAGAGAGAGCAACAAGAAGACACUAUAGACGAGCGAAAUGUGAGGGAUUAUUUGGGAAAGAGCGGCAUCAAAAUGACGAACGAACAGAGUGCACCCGUUGUGGGAUUUUUUUGUAGGUGAAACGAGAAAAAUGAUUGAAGAAACACACCCAAACGAUGACAGUUACAUUGUGCGCGUCAAAGCGGUGGUCAUGACCCGAGAUGACUCGAGUGGGGGAUGGCUGGCACAGGAAGGUGGGGGCCUCAGCAGGGUGGGCGUCUGUAAGGUGAUGCCUGCUGAGCUGACCGGCCACAGCGACUUCCUCAUCCAUGGCGAGCGCCUCAAAGACAAGCAGGUGAUUUUGGAAUGUUUCGUGAGGAAGGAUCUGAUCUACACGAAGGCCACACCCACAUUUCACCACUGGAAGGUCGAAAACAAAAAAUGCGGCUUGACGUUCCAGAGCCCUGCCGAUGCCCGUGCCUUUGACAGAGGUGUGCGGAAAGCCUUGGAGGACAUAACGGAGGGUUCCACAACUUCCUCUUCAACACUCCAAAAUGAGGCUGAACUUGGAGAUGAUGACGUGUUCACAACUGCCACCGACAGCUCCUCAAACUCAUCUCAGAAGAAGGAGCAUACUACACAGCUAGUGGCCACCUCCACCUUCUACGAGCCUCACCCGCAUCGCGGCAUUCUGCAGUACCGGCCGCCUGAGCGCUACAGCUUGGAUCAGAAGUUCUCCAGGAACCCCUUCCCCUUUGAGGAUGAGGAGAUCGUCCGAAUCAACCCCCGGGAGCGCUGGCUGAUCACAGGCUAUGAGGACUACCGAUACGCUUCCGUGCCGGAUAAGUUCAUCCAGCCUGAGGACUCGGACUCAUACGUUCACAUCGCUAAGAACGAACCCUUAAAGCACGACUACAACUACCCCUACGUGCCCAGCUCCGACUUCAGCCAGUGCGACCUCAAGAGCCAUUGCGGUGGCGGCAGCGAAGUGGUGGCCACCCAGCCUCGAGCGUUCAAACUCAAGGGCAAGCGAAGGAAAGAGGACGGAGAGCGAUCGCGCUGCGUCUACUGUCGGGACAUGUUCAACCACGAGGAGAACCGACGCGGACAGUGCCACGACGCCCCCGACCCCAUCCGGACCUGCAUUCACCGGGUCAGCUUUAUGUGGUGCGCCGACAGCAUGCUCUACCACUGCAUGUCCGACCCGGAAGGCGACUACUCGGACCCGUGCUCGUGCGACACCAGCGAGGAACGUUUCUGCCUUCGCUGGACGGCCCUGCUGGGUCUGUCGGUGCUGGCGCCCUGUCUGUGCUGCUACCCGCCGCUGCACUUGUGCCACCGCUGCGGCGUGGCCUGCGGUUGCUGCGGAGGAAAGCACAAGGCUGUCGGCUGAACCCCCUGCCCGUCCCGAACAAUCCCUAAACACGCCCCUCGGAACGCUAGCACUGAGGAGGGCAGGAGCGGACAAAACCGACGCGGCCCGGUUGGAGCUUUUACUGUCUUUUACUUCACGGUCUCUCCUGGUUCCAGAAAACAAUUGGUGCAUUUAACUGGCUUGAAAAACAUUCUCUUCUCUUUUGGUUUGAUUUUAUAAAUAUGAAUAUAUAUAUAUGUAUAUGUUCUUUUCUUUCCCUUUUGUUGUGGAUGUUUCUCUCAGUUCCUUGUGAAAGAAAUGGCUCUUUUGUCAGGUGGCUCCUGGAGCCUUCAUGUCAUGCAUUACUUAUGCAGGUACUUUAUAUUUUUUACACUGAUUUGACUUUUCAAGAACUUGAAUAGCUUGUUUCGGUUUUGCGUUCGUGGCCAGCAAACGGAGGAAUUAGCUGUUUACUCUUCCUGAACAGGUCCUUGCAUAAACUGGCAUUUGUAUCCCAAGCCCUUUAACCAUUCAGAACAAUAACAAUGAGAUUAGCUCGAGACACUAAACCUGUAGUUGGAAGCGUCCAUUUGUAGUGCGUUUGUGGGAGAGCGUGUGUCGAUGCCUGCGUGCGUGUUGUAAAGGAAUGAUAACAUUGUAUCACAGCAUAGUAUUGUUGUUAUUAUAUUUAAGCCAAAUUUACAUAAGCUGCAUCCAGAGUAUAUGUAAAUACUGUAUACUCAUAUGUAUAUGUUUCAAAUCGAAUUAUUGUAAUCACCUUCGACAGCCACGGCUGUGCUUCAGAUAAUGGACAUUUUCCUCAUAGAGUUGACUUAUUUUGGAUGCGAGGGUGGCUUUUGAGUUGAUGCGUAUUUGAUAUCCAAAGAUUAUUUUUGUCAUAUUUAUUUUUCGCGGUCAAUUGAAUCACCAGCCAAAGGGAGAAAAAAAAAAGAAAGAAACUAUCAGUCUGUGGGCAAAAAAGCACAGCCAUGACAGGGAAAGAGGAGUUUCUAGUGAGCCCACGCCACUUAAACAGUAAAAAAAUCAUUCUUUUAAUCAACAUUUUUAUCUUGAAAAACAAUCGAAAUAUCCUCACAAAAAAUUACUUGAUUUACUUGAGAAGCUAAAUUGUGUAAAAUAAGGCUUUUUUGGAGAAUAUAUCUGAAUUUCUUUGGAUUUUAGCUUAUGUAUUAUAAUUUUCUAUUGAUUUAAAAAUAAACCUCACACAGUUUUAUUAGAUUUAUGCCAAUGGUAUAAGAAAAAUAAUGGAAAACAACUCAGUAUGAAAUAAAACUUAAGCCCAAAGUAUACUUCGGCUGUCCCCGUUGCGCAACGGUCUGCGCACCAAUUUUUGUGUCCGCACGGCCAACAGCGUAUGUGUGAGUGACUUGAGCGCUUAAAAACAGUCCACUAGAUAGUGCACACACGCCAAAUGUGUCUUUUCACACUCAUGGCCAAAGGAGUAUACUCUGAAAGGCGGAAGACAAAGCGGAACGUGAAAAAUGAAGUAUACCCAGGCUUUUAUGCAAUUUUGCUUCUCAUAUUUGGAUAUUUUACUGGAAUACAAGAUAAAAAUAUCAAUAAUAAAAUGAUUUUUUGCUGUCUAUUUGAUUUUAGAUAUCUUACAGAGGGAAAACACUAAACCGCUAUCUUUUUUCCCUUACUGACAGAUGGUUCAAAAUUUGUCUCUAGAAAAAAGAAGGAAUUGUUGUCUCAAAGAUGUUUCCAGCUCCAGUCCUUUUCUCUAAGAAAACAAAAGGAAACAGAAAAAUAAGCUUGAUUUUUAGGGUGCUUUAUAGAGGGACAUUUGCCAAACCGUUCUCCAGUUUCUUCAUGACAAUAACUUAACGCCUUAAUUUUGUCUCAAAGAACUUUUGAGAGGACAGUAAAAUGAAUCAAUUCAGUUCCUCAAAGAAGUGAAAAUAGUGAAUAGAUAUUUUUCUAUUAUAUAAAAAAAAAAAUUAAAUAACACCCCAAUAGAUAGGCCUUUUUGUUGAAUAAAAAAAAUGUGCUCCAGUUAUUGCGGGAGUCAAAUGGCAUGGUACAAUCCGUGAGGCGGCUCGUAUGUGUCGAGUCCGUCUCAUCACCUCACCCACCCCUGUGAAGGACAUCGUGGUUUACCAGUCACCUUCCCCUGUUUAAGCUUUGUCUGAAUAAAUCAUCGACUGACAGAGCAGUACUAUUCAAACUGUGUGUGAGCAGUCAAAGAAUGUACAGUAUAUGUGCGUCAAAUGCUUCUUCAUGUUAUAUAAACGUUCAGCCUCAAAACCAUGUUCUCAAUGGUGGCGUGUUCUCAAAUAACAAUGUGCUCUUAAAAAUAAAGGUUCUUUAAUGGUUCGUUGCAGAACCUCUUCUCAACAAGAACCAUUUUUCUUUCUCGUUAUAAAGGUUCAAAAAAGCUAUUGAUGUCACAUCAUUGGCUCAAAGAUUGGUUCGGAAUAGCAUACUACUAUUACUAUUGCUGCAGUAUUGCUGCAGUACUUUUUUUUUAUGCUGACACUACUGUAUCCCACAAUGCAAUGCGGUUGAUAUGACUUUCCAUUUUACUGUGAUGGAUGAAAUGGGAAUAAGACCUGUUCACAACAAGAACGAUAACUAUAAUAUAGAAUCUAUAUUAGUGUUCACACCAACCGACUCUUCAAAUUCGGGUGGAUUCUGAUUGGCUGGCAGUUAUAUUGUUCCUCUGUGUUGUUAGCAUUGUAGUGUUGGUGUGCACUUCGCUAUAGAGUGCAACAGUGACCUUUUUCAGCGGCACUGGUUCUGGAAGUAUUAUUUCUCCCAUAGGGAUUUCAAAAAAGUCUUUGUUAAAGCGCUAUAAGCCAUGAACCAACCCAACCAGCUACGAGGUGAAUCACCACAACACUACAAACUUUGAUUUGAAGCAAAAAAGGUUUUGAAAAUCAGACAAAAGUACAAGAAUGUGUACACUGUAAAAAAGAAUUGUUGGUUUAACUUAAAAAAGUAAGUUACCUGGUUGCCUUAAAAUUUUGAUUUCAUUGAAAUUAACAAUUUGAGUUAAUACAAUGAAGGCGAUUGGUUUAAUCAACAGAAACUCAAAAUAUUAUGUUAUCUGAACCACAUUAAUUAUCUAAGUUAAUUAUCUAAUUUGACAAGAAAAAUGUUGUGAUAACAAAUCAUGAAAAUAAUUUUUUACAGUGUACUUAGCGACUUUAGUGAGGGAAAGAACUACAAUCCCAUGAAGCAUUGCAAACAGCAUAAUCAAAUUAAAAACGAUAGAGAAAUAUAAAACUACUAAUUUGUGUUGAUUAUAUAUAAAAGCAAUAUUUUUUUUUUAAUUGCGAAAUAUACGUCUAUAUACAAACAUUUAAGUACUUUGAGAGCGUAGAUAGAUUGACUCAAUUACGUCAUUCGCAGUGCUUCAUUGGAGUGGGCGGAGCUACAUAACUAUUUUGGUGCGUGACUCUGAUUGGUGGAAUUUUCUGUACAGCAUCAUGGGUAAUGUAGUUUUUCACCAGGAAUUCCUAAGUUAAACACGGUUAUUUUAAAAAAUAAGCUAAAAUAAUGCGGGCUGAUGGCUUCAACAGAAGCUAAUAUCAUCGAUUAACAACCUCGUAGUUCACAGUAGGUCUGUCUGUAAAGGUUUACAAGUUUUCGUUCAAAAUCAGUUUCCCCUAUGGAGAAAAUGAAUGAGUUUUUACUUUCAGAACUGAACUGUUGCACUCUAUUCUCAUAGAAUUAGAAUGAUUAUUAAAACUUUAUAGUUCUAGUUAUUGUCCUUGGUGUGAACAGGCCUAGAAAAUCAGCCGCAAUCUCUUGUUUGACUGGAUUGUCAAAAGUAAAUAUAUUUUUACACAAAAUUGGAUUCAAUUUGAUUUAAAUGUAUUAUUGUUUGCUGGGACAAAAUGUAUAUUAUUUGCUGACUUAAACAUGAUGCGAUCAUGUGGCAAUAAUGUGUUUGUGGAAUAAUGCAUACUGUUUCACUUACUAUUUUUAAAAAUGUCAUUGUAUACAGCACAGUAUUCAGUUAGUAGUAUGCUAGUAUUCAUUCCGAACAUAGUCUUUGUAUCCUCUGGUUAAAAUGAAGCAGUUUUGUGUGGGGGUCCAAAAGCUUAAAUGCUUCAAUUUUGCAUUUUUCUAAGAGAAUAUAUUUCAUUACAAAUCACAUUGUAGUAUAAGAAAAAGUGGAAAGUGUAAUUGAAACAUUUAAGAGUUAGUCCCCUUUUACUUACCCUGUUGUUUCUGUGUGUUUAAUUUUCCAAAAUAUCUAAAGCCUAGUGUUUAAAUUUCCAGGUUUAAAUGAAAAACAUUCAAUGUGGUCACAGACUUUUGGACCUUUUCUGAAGGACCGCACCAUAGAAGGUUCAGGUUGUAAAAGCUUUUAUUUUUAAGAGUGGGGGUCGUGCUGUGUGGUUUCGUCUAACUUUCGGGGAACGAGGAAAAGCCCCCUGUCGGUUCACUGGAGUCCUCACGCUAACCUCCGCAGAGAGGUGUCAGCUGUCACUGUGUCCUUCAUUCACCGCACGUCCUUUCUGUAUCUGAAUAUGUCAGCUUCUGCAAUACCGCUGUCAUCCAAGCUUAGAGAAGAGCUGCGUUUUAUUUUUCUAUCUGUGGUAAUGGAAAGUUAACCAAAAGCAUUCUGUAUGAACGUCUGUCCUUGUGCAACGUCUUGCUACUACACACAUUUACCUGUUAAAAAGUGCCUGAAGCAUCAUGUUAAUCUAUCUCCUUGUAUACUAAAAAAGAGAAAAGAAACAGAAAAAUAUAAAAAAAUGAAAUAAAACCUAUUGUAUUGAUUAGUUUUGUUUUUUACAAUCCCAAUUUUUACCUCUGUAAAAAGCAAAAAAAUCUAUAUCAAGUGUAUGAUGUACAUUUUUAUUUCUAUUUUUUUUUUAAUCGUUUCUAACAUGUAUGAUCAAUGUAGCUCCUGCUUUUAGGAAAAGAUGGGGGAAAAAAAGAAAGUACUUUGUAAAUACCAGUUGAUCAUAUCAGAACUACAUGGCGGCCUGGCCGGUGUCAGUUCUACAUGUUUGUCAUAGGUCCCAAUAAAAAUGAAAGAAACCAGUAA